GCACAAUAUUGUGGAAAUCAAAAAGAAAUUCGCUGCAAAAAUGACUAAAACUACACUUUCGCUGCUGUGCCACCGAAGUUCCCAGUACUUGUUUACUAGAGCCCAUAUAUUCUCCUGCUGCAACCAGUCCAUGCCCGUCAGUUCGGUGUACAUCAUGAACACAAAAUUGUGCAGUGUCUGCAGCUGCAACGUCGUGCUAUGUCAAAAUUCUGCCCCUCCGCGAAAGUUUGAACCCAAGUUUGAGCUACGCCACUCCGACAUAUGAUGUACAAGCGCCUGAUGACACCGUUGGAUGACAUUGUCCUGUUCAGAUGUCACCGUCCAAUCAGACAAGGUUGCUGACUUUGCAAUUGUGGCGGCGUAUCACGCUCAAUCCACGGUUGUCUCCAUACAGAGAAAGCAUCGCAGACCAGCAGUUAUGUCCAGUGAGGGUUCCUUCUCGCUCUCACUUCCAACAGCUGACCCGCUACUGACUAUCACACACCCUCAACAAGAUAUUUGGAUAAUCGAGCUGCAUGGUGGGCAGGAUUCCCGCCUGACAACGCGAAUGAUCGAUGAGGCUUUGCGGCCUGCAUUGGAUGUGGUAGAGCACAACUGGUGCGCUAUGCGUGAUAAACAAGCAAAUGACGGCGCAGAUCAGGGCGGGAGAGACCAAGACAAAUUCUUCAGCAAUGGAUUUGACUACGAGGCCGUGAAGGGAAAUUUGACCUUUUUAGAUGAGACUGUAACCCCCUUAUUCGCACGUCUUCUCACAUACCCAAUUCCUACUCUAGCAGCAAUCAAUGGCCAUGCAUUCGCUGCUGGGAUGAUGCUCUCCCUCUAUCACUUUGGCGCACGGUGGCCCCUGAGUUUCACUGCAAUUCUCAAUGCAAAAGUCGGCUCUCCCUGUUAUACGGGCAUCGCUUUACCGCCUUCAGAAGCUCUGAAAGCGGGGAUAGUCGAUCGCCUUGCGAAUUUGACUGGCACGAGUGUAGAGAGCGGAACCGAUAAAAUAUUAGCGAGCCGGGGUGUUUGGAGUGCAAUAAACACGUGCCUAUACAAGGAUUGUCUGGAAGUUAUAUAUUCUGAUGUUCGAGCUCAUAGAAUUUCACCGAACGAGAGGCAAAGCUGUGAUAUCAUUCCGCACCCAUAAUUAACGUGGCGUGACCGCUUGGUGAUAUUGACCCACAGGAAGAAAUUAAUCAAUGUUGAUGAUGAGAUUGUGGGACGCUGAUGCAGGCCGAUGCUCAGGUGGGCAUGAGAACAGAUCUCUAGUGUCCUGACGUCCAUCAAGCUGUGAACACAAGCUAUGUUUGCGACUUGUGCUAUGAUAUGAUGGUC